CUACAUGCACGCAUCCAACGGCUUCGCAGCGACCCUCACGGCAGCGCAGGUGCAGCGCAUGAGGCGGCACCCCUCUGUGGCGCCCGUCACGCCCUCUCGCACCAUCACACGCCGCCGCGCCGUCACUGCCGCCGCCGACGGGCACAAGUCUCUCAACCUGCCCCACGCCCGUGCUGCUGCUGCUGCUGCUGCUGCUGCCACUGCUGCUGCUGCCACUCCGGCUGGAGCGCCGAGCGAUG